AUGGGGUAUACAAGUUUGUUCAACAUGCAAGCCCUCCUAACCCUCCUAGGCACUAUACAUCUCAUGAUGAAUCUUGCAUUUGCUGUCUCCCUCCCAGGGGAUUCAUCCUAUGUGGCUGCUGCUGGCUUUCCGACCUCUGCAUUCUCAGCCUACUAUCUUUCCCCAGCCCAGCCAACCCAACAACCCCAGCCGAUUGUCUACGAUCCGGUGUUGGAUCUCACCUUCCCUUUUGAGUUGACGGACCCAGACAAUAUUCCAGACAAUCAGGAUGAGGUCUACUUCCCUGUGCCGCGAACUCAUAUGCCUGCCAGAAAGAGGUAUAAGCUAGUGCAGGAAGUACUAUCCAAUGUGACCAGUAUUAUCAAGUCAAAUAGUUCAGCAGACAACUGCACCAAAUGCAAGAAUGCCUUAGCUGCAGCGAAGCCUGCAGCGUUGCACGGACCAGCCUUUGUUCCGGACGCUAUGGUCAGUUUGUGCAAGGCCUUUCGCUUCCAUGCCGAUGAGACGUGCGAGCAGGAUUUUGCCACGAACACAUUCGGCGCUAUCUGGACUCAAGUACUGGCAUACGCUGAUGUAGAAGGGUUAGAUGGUGAGUACAUCUGUCAUUCUCUCAACAGCAAGUAUUGUAGCGCGCCCAGGACGAGCCCACUGGACACAACCAAGCUGUUUCCCAAGCCCAAACCUACAGAUGCCCAGGUCCCCAAGGCAAGUGGGCAGCGGGUCAAGGUUCUACAUCUGUCAGACUUCCAUCUCGAUGCCCGGUAUGCCGUCGGUUCCGAAGCAAACUGCACUUCCAGCCUCUGCUGCCGGAGCGACAACUCGAACGACCUCUCCGAAGGUAAUCCAUUGCUAUCUGCCUCUGCGUAUGGCUCUUUCCUGUGCGAUACCCCAUAUGAUUUGGGUCUUGCCGCUUUGCAAGCUGUUGGUCCUCUGACUGGAACUGGCAAGGGAAACCACGACGACCACCUUGCAUGGACGCUCUAUACGGGCGAUCUGGUAUCACACGAUCCGGCAUCCCAAAUAUCCAAGGCAUUGACUCAAUAUACGGAGACCAGCAUUUACGGCUUGUUCAAACACUAUCUCUCUGGUCCUGUCUUUGCAGCACUUGGAAAUCAUGACACCAGUCCUGCAAACAUUGAUUCUCCUCAUACUCUCCCCGGGCGUCUAGGGGAGCAGCAGAGCUGGAAUUAUGAGCACCUGGCUGGACUGUGGCGCCUUGAAGGGUGGAUAAGUCGUGAGACCGCCGACAAGGCGAAAACGCAUUAUGGCGGUUACUCCGUCAAGACGCACUACGGACUGCGUAUCAUUGCAUUCAACACCGGUAUGUUGCCAUCCAGUCCUUUCGAAUCCAUUCACGUCCUUUCACUCACUCUUACAGACUUAUGGUACCGAUCCAACUUUUUGACUUUCAUCAACACCACUGACCCCGAUACCUCUGGGAUUUUCUCCUGGAUGAUCGAAGAACUGCAACAAGCUGAGGAUGCCGGCGAGCGUGUCUGGGUAAUUGGCCAUGUCCUCAGUGGCUGGGACGGGACCAAUCCACUCCCCAAUCCGACCGAUCUGUUUUACCAGAUCGUGGACCGCUAUUCGCCCCACGUUAUUGCCAACAUCUUCUUUGGACACACCCACGAGGACCAGUUCAUGAUUUACUAUGCCAACAAUGGGACUGUGCAGAGUGCAGACACCGCCCUCACUACCGGUUGGAUCAUGCCCAGCAUUACCCCUCUGACAAAUCUCAACAGUGGCUUCCGUCUGUAUGAAGUCGACACGGGCGACUUCAACAUCUACGAAGCAUACACCUUCUACAGCAAUGUGUCCGAGUAUCCCGCUCUAGAGCACAAGGGUCCAAGUUUUGAGAUUGAAUACUCCACCCGCGAUGCAUAUGGACUGGCCGCUGAGUGGGAUGAGGAUGCGCCAUUGAACGCGACCUUCUGGCACCGGGUUACCGAGGCCAUGGAGAAGGACCUGGAUCUUGUCAGUCAGCAUAACACUUACCAGGGAAAGCAGAGUAUCCGGAGUCCCAAGUGCACUACUGCCACCUGUCAGAAGGCCAAAGUCUGCUACAUGCGCAGUGGUAGUGUUGCAUUGGGUAGCCAGUGCCCUCAAGGGUACGGAUCCGUGCAGAGCGCCUUUGAAGCAAACCAGUGA